AGUUAACUGUGUGCGGGUGUAGCCAGCUAGCCAUGGUUAAAUUAAACGACAGCAAUGUUUAACCAUGAUUAUUGAUGCUCUCCAGUCGCAUCCUAUAAAUACCACUCGACUCUCCCUACUGGAGCCUGAGUAGUGAUUUGAAGAAUCCGGGAUCUCCUCUCUCUCUUUCAGUUUGCCAGCGUGACAAACAUUCAAUCUGCAGACGACCGAAGAUCGAAUUUUGUGACUGCUUUGUUAUAUUUUUAUCAGGCUGCCAUGUGUCCACCAGCAACUUCCCCAUCCCAUGAUAUUGGUAUUUUUUGUACUGAUAAGGAGAUAUUUAUGUGUUUGGAGAAAAUGAUGAACGGUUUUCCACCUCCAUGCAAUGUGAUUUCUGAUGUAAAUCCUUUUGAACACAUGCCUGAAAAUUUACCUGAGAGAAUUUGGUUCUACAUUAUGUCUAAGGUUGAAAAGGAUGCAAGUUUCGGAUACUGGAGGACAGAAGGGGAGGCUUGUAAAAUUUUCUCCAACUCUUCAAUUACUGCUUGGAAAAAUACACUUGAAUUCUUUGAAGGUCAAGCUCCUCACGGGUAUAAAACGAAUUGGAAGAUGCUAAAGUACUGGAUUACUUGGAAUGUCUUAUCUAAAGACAACAAUGUAAAGGAAUGCUUGCUUUGCAAUGUCUUUUUUGUUGAUGAACAAAAGUCUUAUCUUGGAAUGCCUCAGAAGAUGGCCAGAGCUGAUAUGGCUAGUCAAUCUACACAAUCAUAUGUUCGGAGGUUUGAAAACUGUACUGGACAAAGUUCUGCUAACAAGCCUCAGACAAGCGAGGAUAAUGAGACUGGAAACAGAGAAAGUGUUCCUGCUAUUCUUGUGGACAUUGUACCAGACAUUGACUAUCUUUCUGGAGGUGACUUCUUAGAAUUGGCGGACCUUCAGAUUCCACCAUCACCUUCUUCUAGUUCGGAUUCAAGUUGUGUUUCUAUGUCAUCAGGCGAAUGUUUCGAUGCCCUAGAUUUGUUGGCAGACAUAGAGUCGGAGAAACCCCUUGACUUGGUUCAAAACAAUGCUGGUAGCAAGUUAAGCGUUUUUGUGUCUUCCACACCAACUAAGAUGGUUAUGCAUCCAGCAUGGACAGGAACUUGCAAGUUACAAAGUGAAGAAUUAAACGACAAAUCCAUGACUGGUUCAGCAAUCAGCAGAAAAAUCCCAGAUGAGAAGGUUUUGAAAAAUCCAAUCGAAAAUCAGAAGCCUGAGUUGAAGAUUGAAGGUACAUCAUCAACUUGUCGAAAUCGACAUGAGUCACUAGGUGGCAAUAAGGCAGAAGAAGAAGAAGAAGAAGAAGAAGAAGAUAAGAGAGAAGCUCAUGGGAGAAAGAAAAAGCUUCGGAAGAAGUAUCUCUGUUUCAUGCCAUUUUAAGGCUCUUAUAUUUUAACACGUAUUGUUUGUAUGUAAUAAUAGAAUGAUCGUCUUUGGGCAAUUGGAAAUAGGCUAGUGCUGUUUGUGUAGUAGUUGGUUCAAAGCUCUUUAAUUUAAGACAGGCUGUGGGCUUGUGAUUAGUUAAUGAGUGCAUUUAGAUACAUAGAGAGGUGAAUAGAAACUUUAAGAUAGGAAGAAAUAGGUGACUCAUAUUCGUAGAAAAGAAGGGUUGGGAGAUCAAACGUUGUAAUUUUGGUCUCAUCGUUAAAACUUAAAACUAUAUAUGUUUUAAUAUGAUAAUGAUUUAAUAAUAAUAUUUUAAAAUA